AAUACUAACUUUCCAAAAAGCCCCUUACCAACCUAAACUCAUCAUGCCUCCUAGAAGACAAAAUCCUCCUCGUCAACGAGCUAUUCGGGAUAUAGAGAUGGAAGAACUACGUCAACAAAUUCAAAGGCUUCAAGACAGACUCAAAGCUUUUGAGGGACAACAAGCUCGACACCCGCAAGAUGAACCACAUGAGUCAAAAGAAGAUACUGACGAUGAGAAUCCCUUCCAUCACCUAAGGGAUAAUGAAAGCUCAUCAUCAACAGGAAAAGUUUGUCGUCGACAAUGUCCCCAACAAAAUGCUACUCCCAAAUCCACUGACCUUGGCAUCAAAAUUGAUAUUCCAGAUUUUGAAGGUCGCCUUCAACCAGAUGAAUUUAUCGACUGGUUACACAUUGUGGAACGUGUGUUUGAACUCAAGGAUAUUCCUGACAACAAGCGUGUGAAGCUCGUCGCCAUCAAAUUAAAGAAACAUGCAUCCAUUUGGAGGGAGAAUCUCAAACACACAAAAUCUUUGACUGUGGAAGAAUAUACUAUGGAGUUCGAACAAUUAAUGAUGAAAUGGGAUGUUCGAGAAAAAGAAGAGCAAACCAUAGCAAGAUAUCUUGGAGGAUUAGACAAUGACAUUUCCAAAGUAGUUCAACUUCAACAAUAUUGGACUUUGGAUGAUGUCAUUCGGCUAGCAUUGAGGGUUGAAAAGCAAAUCUCAAAGAAGAAUAUUACUAUUACUUCAAAACCACGAGAUUUUGAAGGUAGUCAAGGGACCCAAGCCUCAAAGAUUGUUGCUGAGACACUUGCCAAAGUUGAGAAGAAAGCUAGUUCAAGCCGUCCAGCCCAGCCUAACACUCGAAAGUGUUUCAAGUGUCAAGGAUUUGGCCACAUUGCCUCCAACUGUCCCAAUAGGAGAAUUAUCACCAUUAUUGGAGGAGAGAUUUAUGAAGUCUUAGAUGGUGAAACAGAAAAGGAGAUUAGUGAUGAGAUUAAGCCACAACUUGAGGAAGAACUCAUCGCAACUGACCAUGGAGAAUCUUUGGUUUUUGACAGAAAGGCUAUCCAUGAUGGCCAUGCCAACACCUACACGUUUGUGAAAGAUGGUGUGCAAAUCAAGCUCACUCCCUUGAAGCCUAAAGAUUUACUUGAAAAGAAGGAUGAGAACAAAACCUUAAUCUCUAGAUCAACUUCUCAGAAGUUGCAUCAAGAAUCGAGGAUAGCUUGUCUCUUGCUAUUAUCUAAAGUGAAUGAUGCAACUUCCCCUUUUCUAGAGGAAAUUCGAUCUCUCCUUGAAGAAUUUUCUAAUGUUGUUCCUGAUGACACCCCUCAUGGAUUACUGCGAACUCAAUGAAGCAAGGAUUCUAUCAUGGUUGUGCCUACAAGACCAGACUUCCAGGUGACUAUGGAGUCUCUGUUACUUUUAAUGUUGCUGACUUAUCUCCUUACUAUGAGGAUCAUAAGCAUUGAACUCAAACUCGAGGAUGAGUUUUCUCCAACCAGGGGAGAAUGCACCAGGAAAAAAACAACAAGCAUGCAGAAGCUACUCUGCAGCACCACUAGGUUGGUGCAACUUUGUCAACAUGGCCACAAGUCAACAAAAAUGGCCACUAAAUUCUACAAAACUGC